UUGUAUUGCUGUGAUUAUUGCGGCUGUCGAGUACCCAAAUCCUCUCUUCCCUUGGUCCCUUCCACUCUUCAGACUCUUGCAGCUCGGUCAUAAAAUAAUCUGGAGAGACGAGAUGCUUCAUAGGUUAUUGCUUUCCUAGGAUCCUUGGGAUAUCCAUGCCCUAAACCCUAACCUCAAUUGUUACCUUAAUUUAACCGUGUUGAAUUUGAAUUGCAAUGUAGUGACGUCAGAGUGUGGACACCCGAAGGAUCCCACUUAGAUCCUUGCUUGAUAGUCAGUAAACGCCCGCGCUAUAAAACCAGUGUUUGAUAGAGUGCCAUUCAAAAGAACGCAGUUGUGAAUUCAUUAUAAUGUGCCUGUAUAAACUCGUAUACCUUACCUUAUUGAGACAAAACUGAGUUAAUUUUGUAUUACUAGAAUGGAUGUGGAAUGUUCACGAAGAGCGCGCAAAGAAGUCGCUUUGAUUGAUUCAUCGGAUCUUGAAUAAAUCAAGCCUACAAUCCGGAUGUUUGAUGCUGGCUCUGGCAGACAAUAACUUUCCAUGGGUUUUACAGAGAGAGGACAGGAGACCCUCUCCGUCAGCAACACCAAGAUCACGACCAGGAGAAGAACACGUUCAGCUGAGACCUUCAGGGGAGCGUUAUCCGACAAGAACUCACACUCUCGCUGCUAUGAGCUGCCUGUGAGGUUGUCAUGAGUAAUUGGGCUGAAGUCACCCUUGCUAGUGGAGGAAGAAGAAUUCAUCUGAGAUGUCUCAUGUUCGAUCGCCCCUAACUGAACCCUCAUCCUGGAAUAAUACUUAGCACCUGGUCAGGAAACAGCUGUGGGCUGUCUAUAACACAGUCCAGGGCCCCUCAAAACACUACACCGUUGAAGGGGAAAAACGAAUCACAGAUUAAUUGAGAAUAGUCGUGUCCAAAAGUUUCCUCUGUUUUAAGCACCGUAUGUGGUGUUACAGUACCUGGUGUGCCUACAGCAACAUUUGGAGCAGUCAUGAUGGAUGAACCCUCCACUGCUCCUCCACACACCUCCAUCCCAUUAUAGAUGUGCCUUGACGGCAGAUGUGCCUCGAAGUCCCUCCCCUCUGACACCACCCAUCCCCCUCCACACAGCUCUGUUCCAUCAGGUCUACAGCAUGUCUCGUACAGACUACAAACAUGGUUCCAUUCCUCAAAUGGACUACACAUAUGGCCCACCCUGCCCUAUGUAAGUUGAGAACUACAGGAAGAGACUCACAAUGUCCUAUUUGGACGAUGGGGAUAACAGCCGCAGAGGCCUGCCCAGUGUCCUAGAGUUGAGGCGGGUUCCUCUAUGGUCAUUGGGGCCCCUGAGGAGUGUCAGAAAGGUCAAGGUUAUCAGCUUCCUGCUAGGAUUGACGUUGACCUUCCUCAUCAUGGCGUCUUACAUCUUAACCUGGGAUAAAAAGGGUCUGAUGCUGACCCUGUCACCGUUCCACCUCAGGACUAUAGUCAACCCAAGCAGCACCCUCCCCCAUAAUCUGUCUUCUACCAAGGACUACGCCAACAUUAAGCUCCUGGUGAAGUGCAUUACAUCUAAGCUUGAGUUCAGCCCAAGGAAGCUGCCUCUUCUGAAGGACGUUGUCAAUACGGACUCUCAUUUGUUUUCCGUUAUUCCUCGUCAGUUCCUCCCCAAUAUCAAGAGUCCAUGCUGGUAUGAGGAGCUCUCUGGGAAAACCAAAGUGGAUCCUUACAGUAAAAACUUGUAUGCAGUUCGCUCUAAGAGUUUCCGGACUGUCUGUGACUACCUAAGGAAACAUUUCCAGGAACACUUGUACCACAGUGACGACAAUAAGCAAUACCGCCUGCGCUGUCUGCCAUACUUCUACAUAAUUGGCCAGCCCAAAUGUGGCACAACGGACCUGUUUCACCGACUGCUGCUACACCCGGAGGUCAAGUUCACCACCAUGAAAGAGCCCCACUGGUGGACAAGGAAAAGGUUUGGUAUCAUCCAUCUUAAAGAUGGCCUCCUAGAACGCUUCCCUGUGGAGGAUUACCUGGACCUGUUUGAACUGGCUGCCUACCACAUCCAGGAGGGAAUACUGGGGAAUACCUCUGUAGACCACAGCCAGCGACACAUUAUUACAGGUGAAGCAAGCGCAUCCACAAUGUGGGACAACCAAGCCUGGAGCUAUCUCUAUAACUACCGGGCAGAUGGGGAGCCUCCUUUCUUGGCCCAGGACUUCAUCCACGCAGUUCAGCCCAACGCUAAAAUCAUUGUCAUGCUCAGAGACCCAGUAGAGAGGUUAUAUUCAGACUACCUGUACUUCAACAUGGCUAACAAGUCUGUGGAGGACUUUGACCUGAGGGUCUCAGAAUCCCUACAGCUGUUUGAGGCUUGUUUAGCAGAAAACUCUGUGCGUUCCUGUGUCUACAACACAAGCCUCUCCAAUGCCAUGACGGUCAGACUGAACCUAGGACUGUAUAUUGUCUUCCUGCUGGACUGGUUGACUGUCUUCCAUAGAGAUCAGAUCCUAGUUCUGCAGUUAGAAGAUUACGCUGCCAAUCUGAGACUCACCAUACGUAAAGUCUUUGACUUCCUAAAUGGCCUUUAUCUGAGCAGUCGGAGGCAGCUCUCACCAAGAGGCCCAUGUCCAACACACGGAGAGCAGCAGACAGGAGCCUGGGCCCCAUGCUGCCCAGCACCAGGGACCUCCUCAGGGAGUUCCACCAGCCAUUCAACCACAAACUGGCCACAAUCCUGGACAACAAGGUCUUCCACUGGACAGAGACAUAAGGAAUGGCUCCACCUCAGAUGGAUACAGACCUGAGGAAUAAGUACUGUACUAAAUCCCCCAUGGUCAUUUGAGUCCUAUGAGAUGAAUUGUCAAGUGGGAUAAGCCACGGGACAUGAAUUAAGUCACAAUGGGAGAACAUAUAGUCAGUAAAAUGUAUGAGGUGCUCCGAAGACCUGAGCAAUGCAUCUGUCUAGUGCUUGAAGUUUUUCCUUUUGUUUGCCUUUCGUGAUGAUGCAGUGACGGCGGUGCCCUUAUACUGUAUAUUGUAGAAUCGUUUGCUUUUUGUAGGAAAGACUCUUGGAAAAUGACUGGGAGCCUGGUGGACUACUCCCUCUAGUGGGAAAGCUUUGACACGACAAAUAUUGAGAGUAAAAAGAGAGCCAUGCUAAUGAUCUGUCAUUUUAAAAUACUGUUUGCCACUGGGUAUUUUACUCUCAAUCCUUGUGAAACCAUUAUGUAAAAAACAAUUUGGGAGCAAACAGCACAAUGGAUUUUAUCAUGUUGCCUACAAUUUUCUUUAAAAACAAACAUGAAACACCCCGUCUUCAACGCCAUACGCUGAUCUGUUUAACCACAUUCAAUUAAGUAAAGGGCAAAGAAGUGACCACGUGGUCGUAACCUGCUUUUUUAAUGUGAAAUAUGUUGAUGCCAUUCUACACUGGCCUAGACUCACAAUGGACACAUCCUCACACCAGAGGGCAACAGAACCACAGAGACACACUAUGGAAUCUCAUUUCUCGCCAAUGCAAGUCUAUCUUCUCACCAAAGACUGGCAAAUUUGUUUCUAACUUAUAUUUUCCAGUAGUUUUCUUGUUUGUACACGCUCUGCACAUGGACACAUUUUACGUAAACUCAAGCAUCAAGCCUAACUUGACUGAUGGGCCGCCCCGAGGUGAUGAGGGUAGGCGACAACACAUUCACAACGCUGACCCUCCACAUGGGGGACCCUUAGAGGUGCAUGCUUAGUCCCCUCCUGUCCUCCCUGUUCACCCACGACUGUGUGGCUGCACACGACUCCAACACCAUCGUUACGUUUGCCGAUCACUGGUAGGCCUGAUCACUGAUGAGACGGCCUAUAGGGAGGAGGUCAGAGACCUGGCAGUGUGGUGCCAGAACAACAACCUCUCAUCUUGGAGCACCAAGUCUGGGAGCUAAAGGCUCCUGAACAGCUUCUACCCCCAAGCCAUAAGGCUCCUGAACAGUUAGUCAAAUGGCUAGCAGGACUAUUUGCGUUGACCCCCUUUUUCUUGCACUGACUCUCUUGCACUGGCUCUAUGCACACUCACUGGACUCACACAUACUACACUGACUCUCUUGCACUGGCUCUAUGCACACUCACUGGACUCACACAUACUACACUGACUCUCCAACACAUAC